AUGAUGUUCGGAGAUUCAAGCAAUCAUCAUCAGAGUUUUCAGCAAAAUAAUGAUAAUGGAGGUACUUUUGAUCCCUAUUUUGUAGCAAAUUCAGAUAAUCCUACAUCUUCAUUGGUAGCUGUAGUUUUCAAUGGUGUGAAUUUCAUGCGUUGGAGUAGAAAUGUUAAACGAGCAUUAAUAGCUAAGAAUAAAGAAGUUUUUAUCAAUGGUGAAAUUCAAAAACCUGCUGUGAAUCACAAAGAUUAUCUUAAAUGGAAGCGUGCUGAUUUCAUGGUAGUGAGCUGGAUUUUGAGUUCUAUGAACAAUGACUUGGCUGAUGAUUUUGGAUAUAUUGAUAAUGCUGGAGAACUGUGGAAAGAAUUGAAUGAAAGGUUUGGUCAAUCAAAUGGACCACUGAUUUAUCAGUGGGAUGAAAUGCAAAGUUUAAGAGCUUUUCCUACAUGUGUGUGUGGUGGUAUGAAAAGCUGUAGUUGUCUGUUCUUGAAGAAGGUCUCUGAAUUUGAAGAAGAGGACAAGAUGAUGAAGUUUUUGCUUGGAUUGAAUGGAGGUUUUGAAGGAACUGUAACAAAUGUUCUGUCUAUGGAUCCAUUGCCUAGUAUCAACAGAGUAUUUUCAAUCACUCAGCAAAUUCAAAAACAAAAAGAAGUCAACCCUGCUGCUACUGAAAGUAGUGCUAUUAAUAGCAGUGCAAUGGCUGCUCAAACUCAUAAGGGAGGACAGUUUCAGAGGUUCAAUAAUAGUCAAGUGAAGAAAGAUUGGAGAGAUCUGAAGAAAGAAAAAAUGAAUAAGGUGUGUUCACAUUGUAAGGGUAAAGGUCAUACAGCUGAUCAGUGUUUUAGGCUCAUAGGCUAUCCUGACUGGUACAAUUCUAUAAAAGCAUCAAAAGGCUCACAGUAUGGUGGAGGUAGAUUGGUUGCACAUGUACAUUCUGCUGAUAUGGGAGAUAGUCCUCUUGAUGAUACAAUGAUUGAAUCUGGAGCUGUUAGCAGUAAGAUGCUGAACACUAUUUGUCAAGAAGUCAUGAAAGUGAUGAAAGGAAAACAGACACAGAAUGGUGAAUCAAGUGGUAAUGCUUGCUCAUAUGCCAAUUAUGCAGGUAUAAUAUCUCACUCUUUUAACUGCAAUGUGAACAAAUUAGAUGAUGAAUGCCUAUGGAUAGUAGACUCUGGAGCAUGUGAUCACAUGACUUAUGAUGCUGAUUUGUUAAUCAAUAAAAGAAAAUUGCACAAAGUGAUCAAGGUAGGUUUUCCAGAUGGAACUCAGAUGAGUGUCAACACUAUAGGAGAUGUAGUUUUGAGUGACAAACUGAUCUUGACUGAUGUGUUGCUAGUGCAUGGUUUUAGGCAUAACCUGUUAUCUGUUGGUAGAUUAAUUGAGCAAACUGGUGCUCAUGUUGUCUUUACUGGUGAUGGAUAUUCUUUCCAGGACCCUUGUAGUUUCAAGUUGCUUGGUGCUGGAAAGAGAACUGAAGGUCUUUACUAUUUUGUCAAGGAAACAGAUUGCAGUACUUCUCAAGGAGGAUAUAGUACAAGAUCUAAUAGUAUUGAAAUAAACUGUAAUGCAGUGGCAGAUGUGACUGCAGAUGUUGUUACUGAUGUAAAUAGAAUCAGAUUGGGUCACCCAUCCUUGUCAAAAAUGAAACAUAUGAAUGCUGAGUUUUGUAAAGGACUUGCUGAAUACAAUUGUGAUGUAUGUCUUAAUGCAAAACAACACAAAUUUCCAUUUUCUUGUAAUGAUAAUAGAGCUUCUGAAUGCUUUGAGUUGAUUCAUGUGGAUUUAUGGGGAUCUUAUAAGGUCAAAAGUUUAGAUGGUGCUUCAUAUUUUCUAAAUGUGUUGGAUGAUCACAGUAGAAUAACUUGGACUUAUCUUCUUCAUAAUAAAAUGCAAGUAGCAAAGGUGAUUUCUGAAUUUUUGGCCAAGGUUGAAACUCAGUUUGACAAGAAGAAAGGGAUUGUGCAUGAAAAGAGUGCUCCAUAUGUGCCUCAGCAGAAUGGUAGAGUUGAAAGGAAACAUAGGAGUUUACUUGAAAUUGCAAGAGCUUUAAGGUUCCAUUCUGGUCUCCCUAAGAAAUUCUGGGGGGAGUGUGGGCUGACUGCUACACACUUAAUCAACAAGCUGCCUUCAAAGGUCUUAAACUGGAAAACUCCAUCUGAGAUUAUGUUUCAUUCUGAACCUUUAUUUGAAAGAUUAAGGGUUUUUGGAUCUCUUGAUAGGUUAUGA